GCGCAGCAAUGGCCGUCCCUCGUGGUAGUCAAUGAGAACUCUUGACUCUCGAAACAUGUAAAGAAACGCAGUUUGCUCUCAAUUAACACCAUGACGAACAUGCGUUAAGCACAAAAUAAACCAAAGAACAGCAAGCCGACAGUCUUGCCUGAAAGAAUGCCUUCUUCGAACAUCAAACGCAAGAAAAAGCCGGGACCCACGAACUCUCCGACUUCCAACGGAGGUAGUGGAAAUUACACAGAGACGGCAAUGGACGAGUUUCUGGCCCGCCUGAACUUGUACAGAAAGCCAAUCGCGAAGGAUGGCUCCUGUCUUUUUAGAGCAGUGUCAGAGCAAGUAAGUUCCGUCGCUUUGUUUAUUAACAGAAUGAUUUAUUAAAGGCAUUUUAAGGAUUUAACAUAACUGUUGUUAUUCCUAUGUUUGAUCGUCCAUCACCAGCUCUAGAGACGUUCGAAAUUCUGUUUUUCGCCUUCAUCAGUGCUUUAGUGCUUUACCUUCUGACAAUUUUUGAUGUAACUUAUGUUUCUGUUGUUCAACAAACAAACCUUCUCUUGGGAUGGCCUCGUGAUCGAACGCUCAAUCGAUACGAACGCUACGUUAAUCAAAUGUUUCACUUUAUUCUUUCACAUUAACUCAAUUUAUAACAUGUACAUUUAGAAAACUUCCUACGAUAUUUUUUCUCUUAGCAAUUUCUUGUUGCUUUAAUUUGUUAAUGAUGACAGUUUCACUCCAGAAAGAUUUAAGCGUUUAGAGUUAAUGACAGUUAGUGAAUGCACCUACGUAUGUAGAUCUGAAAAUUACUCUGUAAAACGUCAGCUUGCCCGCAUUCGGUAACUAAAAAUGCCAGCAUGCUAUCUUUGUUUACAUGCGAAAUAAAUUGCAGGAGUUCAAGUUAUGUAAAACUUUUAUCCAGUGGAUAAACAUUUGUUUUAGAAGUCUUGCUUUACUUGUCGUUCUUCGGAAAGAGGUAUUAACAAAUGAUCGAUGCUUCUUUUUUUUUUCCUGUUUGUUUUAAGGUCUACAACUGUCAAGCCAAACACCUCCAAGUCCGUAAGGAUUGCAUAGACUUUAUGAGAAGAAACAGGGAGAAGUUUGAAGCGGUAAAGUAUUUUGAAAGUAUUAAGAGUUGUUUACAUAGAAAAAAAAUUCCACAGCAAAGGCAGCUUAGUGUCCAGAGCCCAGUUCUUAAGCAAUCAGUGAGUGUAAAUCUAGGAUUAGAUAUUAAAGUUGCUUUUUAUUUGUCAUCUAACCCUUAAGACACUUAAUUAGAGUAAGUGAAUACUUGACUGUUUAACUUCCAGAAGUGAUUAAACCUUUAACUCCCAAGAUCUCACUAGUAAUUCUCCUUACUGUCUGCCAAACAAUUAUCAUUAUGUUUGUUUGGAGAAUUUGGUACCAGAUCAAUAAGAAAUCUUAUAAUUGAUAUUUUUCUUAAUUCUCAUCACUUGUCUACAUGAUAUUGUGUAGAUAUAGUAAGGAGAAAUUCUGUCUUAAUCACUCACAUGUAACUUCUUCCUAUUACAUUCUUACAUUAUCCAGCAAAUAGGCAAUGAAAAUACUCCAAUUUAUCAGGUAGAAGUUGCGUUCAUGAUCUAACAUCAAAUUCUUGUAAUUUUUGUACAAGGAAAUGUAUAGCAGCUAGAGGGAAGAAUUAAAAAUUAGAUUUUGAGAAACCACUUCUGGAAGUUAUAGGGUUGAAAGCCAUGCAGGGCGUGAAAUUAACUUUUUUUUUCUGAUAGCCACUUGGCUCCUGAAUUCUUCAAAGUGGUAGCUAAUUCAAAAAAAGUUGGUCGCCAUUUUCAAAGACAAACAAAAUCUUUCUUUACGCUGUCAGAAUUCUAGAUAGACCCUCCAAAAUUAAGUUGGGGAAAAGAUCUUUAACGUGCUACAAAGUGGACGCUAGGAUGGUUGAUAUACAACCUUCAGGCUCAUCUAAAUCCAAGAUGGCGUCUAGUUAUCGAUCGAGAUACAUGUGCUACGUUUUGGAAACAAACUAAACGAGGAAGUUUGCCGCGGAUUUAUCUUUGCAAAUUUAUUUAAUUCACUAUAUCUCUUGGUAAGGUUAUGAUGAAAUGUGGCGACUAACUUUCAGGAUUUGGUUGCCAAAGUGAAAAAUUUAGUCGCAUUGGUGCCUGUAUUAGGUGCAAUUUUGUGCCCUGCCAUGAGAUGUCAAGUGCUUGAGCAUGAAACACCAAAAGUAAUGUCAUUGAUACUCUCUGCAGCAUAGUUUGUCGUACUAAUAGCUAUGGUGAUUAUUGUUCUAGCAACCUUGUGAAGUAACACAAUAAUCAUGGACGCUUAUUAUUGAAGCCCUGAUACAUUGAUGUAAUGUUAACCUUCCAACAAUCCUAUGUUUUCAGUUUUUGGAAGGACCAUUUGAUCAUCACUUAUUCAGACUACAAAACCCAAAGGUACAGUACAUGUAAAGUAAUUUGUGAGUUUUCCAACAUAACAAAUUGGAUAAGUGUUGAACUUCAAAAAGGUUUUGCACAGGAGAAACACAAUCAUAAUUGCAAUCAAUACUUAAUCCUUUGCACUGUUAGAUUAGCGUGCAUAUUCUCUGUACCGUUCUAUAUACAUUGCCAAAGGAGCUGAUAAGGAGAAAUUGUCUGACAAUCAAGAGCUUCUUCAUUUUGGUGAUCAUUUCCUUUAUUCUCAUGACCUUAAUGUGUGAUUUAGAGGUGAUAUUGAGAGGAGAAAUUAGAUGCUAGUCAGUCUAAAGGUUCAAGGGUUAAGAGCCGCUGCUUAGGUAAAAUCAAAAUUUUCAAAGACUCAACACUUCAAACCUGCUAAAAAAAAACUUUGUAUACUCAGUCAAAAUUUGUUGGCAUUUAUGAUCUGUGAAACUUUCUUGCCUUCAUUUUCAUCACAGGAAUGGGCAGGACAAGUUGAAAUAAGUGCUCUUUCACUGAUGUAUAAGUAAGUAUUCUGUAUAUAUAGUUGUAUAUACAAAAUAUAGGUACUUGACUCUCAAAUUUGUUGCCUGCUUGUAGAAUCUUUGCAAACUGAGAAUUGAGUUACAAGAGGUGACUGCUAACUUACAUCUGACAAGUGCCUUAGACUACCACUAAAUUGUCUUAACUUCAGUUUUCUGGUAAUAAAAUUUUCUUGUGCUAAAACUUCAUCUGGUAGAACAAAAGACAAUACAACCUGUUAUUGACUUUAUUAGUAUAGAUGAAGCAGACAUAACAGUUUGUUUUAACUUCCAGGAAAGACUUUGUUGUUUAUCAAGACAUCAAUGCAGAACCCACCAAGGUGACUGACAACAAUUUCAAAGACAAGGUAAUUAUCAUGAGUAAGUGGGAUGCUUGUGGUGGACCAUGUUCAUUGUAAUCAGAAAUGGAAUUUAGUCAGUCAUGUGCUUGUGCUUCACACUAAGGUUAAGCCCUGUUGGCUGGGGUUUCUCCUUGGAUGGGUAACUGUUGUUUAAUUUUUUUUCUUGGUUUUAUUUUUUCGAUUUCAUUCCUAUACUUUGAAAAGUCAGCAUUAAAUUUGUUAUUUUCUGCAUAAAUGCGCAUGCAUGUAGAUAAGGACCAGCACAUCCCAUGUUAACACCUCACAGGAUCUUGUUAUAAUUAAAGAACAAUGAAAACUCUGUGAACUGACAGUAGAAUUUCAAUUUAUACAUUUAUGAUCAGUGUUUGCCUUUGCAAACACUCUGCUUUUACAUAAACCCCACCGAUUGGGAGAAGGGUUUAAUCCUAAAUACUACCAUGUAUACUUUACAAAGAUGUAAAUGUAUAUGGAACUUCUGCCUGCCAGCCUGGACUCUUCCUAAGAUUGAAUUGCAGACACAUCAUGAAACUAGUCCCAAGUAUGGUCAUUAAUGUUCUUGGCCAGCAAUAGCGAGUCUUUGGGUUACCUGGCAUGGUGUGAUAAAGUACAUGUUCUCUAGUUUUCAAAUAGGUAUACACAAAAGCAGAUGUGAAAAGUUCACCUUUCAGAUCUUUCACUGUUCACUAUUCUCUUCUACGUGUCCCUUGAUACAAAAUGUAACUUUUUGUCAACUCUGUUUUCAGAUCCUGCUUUGCUAUUCAAAUGGAAACCAUUAUGAUGCUGUUUAUGACAUGAAAUUCCAGAAGAUCGCAGCCAUGUGCCAAUGUAAGUGAACUCAUAAAACUCAGAAGUUACUAGGCUGUAAGUACUUAUAGUAAUUAUAGCCUAUAAAUAAUAGUAAUCACACUUGGAGUGAUAUUAAACCACAAAAAUAAUCACACUUCACUAUGUGACUCCCCGGAUUUAAAAAACAUUUGUUUGCACUGUCUGCCAUACAAUUCUUACAAUUCUAACCCUGAGAAUCCUGCAUGAAAUCAAAGUUUACCCUCUGAUUGUUAUUUGCUUCUAGUCUCAUCACCCUUAUGCUUGAAAAUGUUAUUGAUGUAUUGCAAAGAGAAAUUCAAAUAGUGGUGAAAAGUUUAACCCUUUAACUCCCUUGAGUGACUAAUACAGAAUUUCUCCUCACAAUAUCAAGCAGACAAGUGGUACGAAUAAAGAUAGAUAUCAACAAAAUUAGUUGAUCCAAUACUAAAUUAUCAAGCAUGAUAAGAAUUGAAUGGCAGACAGUAAGGAGAAUUAAGAAAUGAGGUCUUCACUCUAAAUGAGAGUGAAAAGGUUAAGCAAGUAUCUGUGUACCCAGAUGUUGGUUAAGCACAGGGUACUUGUGUAGAACCUCUUGUUAAGAGGCAGGGGCAAUUUUUGUGAAGAUAAAUUUGUCAUAUUUUAUGAUACAAAUCUUGAAUGUGAAUAACAUCCCUCUCUUUGGUGUCAUCUUCCACCAAUUCAGUUUCUGUGACUGUACUUACUAUAAGGUUUUUUUUUUUCUUUAAAUGCUCAUUUAUGGGUCAUGUGAACAUAUAUUAGUGUUUUGUCAAUAAAGGGGGUAAGUUUCUAGAGAAACUAUAGUGCUGCAUGGGUAUUGAGUGUCAUAAGAUGAUUAGGCUUUAUCAACUGAGUUAAUAAUGUAAUUUUGCCACAGUAGAAAGUUUCUACAUCAAGCAUUAGCCCUUUGUCAGAGCAAUAGCCCUUCGUUCUUCCCUCUGGUGAAGAGUGAUUGCUUGAAAUGUCAGCUUUAGAAACUGUUAAUAAUAGCCAAAUUACAUGAUCAGCUCAGUUGACCAAACCAAAUUUUUUUAGUAUUUUGUCAGUUUUUAUUGUUUGCAGUAUUUCUGACUGGUCAGUACCUAUUGACCAUCUUAACAUAUUCUAUUGAUUUUCUUUACUGAAGCUGUGGUAUAUGAGCUCUUGUAUCAGAAUGUGUUUGGAGAGCUGGACAGAAAAUGUGGUUCUAGACAGAAUUCUCCUGGUGAUCUGAACAGCAUGGGAACAACAAACUUCUAUCAGAAUGGCCUUGGAGGUGAAGAGUCUUUCAAAGAGGAUGGAGAAGACAACUCUGGUUGGACAGAGGUUGUUAGAGGAAAAGGUAAAGGUAUGUUGCUGCUGAAGACAUCAAUCUGAAAAUGUAGGAAUUGGAUCUGAUUUAGAAGUUUGCAACUGCUUUAAGGCAAUUUUCUACAUCACAAAGAUGUUGAAAAUUUUUUAGUCUGAAAGCUUUUGUAGAAAAUGGAAAUAUGUGGUUUGAAAAAGGGUUAAUAUUCAGAAAACCUUGCAGCCCUACCCUCAUUGUUCUCCAGAAGCACCAGUAAGUGACAUUUUUAUGAACAACCUGUUUCUGGUGUGCAGGUUUCUUUACUAUAAUAAAAAAAAAAACAGUGAAGUCUUGUCUUGAUCUGAAAUACUCUCAGACUUAAUAUUUUAGCCUAAGCAUAAUUUAUGCCCAUUCACAAAAAGAUUGAUAUUGGGUAAAAGUAGUAAGAAAACAAAUCAGCAAAAGCAAAGGGGAAUACAUUGUAGAUGCUGACAGAAGACACGUAGAUGCCUUUGCCCUUUGGACAGUCUUGUCUGUGCCAGCUGCUGUUAUUUUUUCAAUGGCUGGCCAUUCAGAAAUAUUUGGAGAAUACGGUGUACUCUAACAGAUUGGUGAUUGCUACUGCCCUGGCAACUUUGUAUGGAAUGGUUUGGGAGAAAUUCAUUGCACUACAUAAACUGAGCUGCAUCCUCUCUGUCUCUUUUUUUCAGCAAAAUCUGCUCGGCAGAACAGAGGUUAUGAUCAAGAGGAACCCAGGGACGAGCCAGCAAAACCAAACUUGGAUCAGAAACAUGGAUGGCAAGCUAAGAGGUCUCUAGACAAUGAACUGUACAGGAAUGUCGAGCUAGAAGUGUGGGAGGAUUCUAAAAAUGGUAACUGAAGCUAUUUCAUGCAUUGCUGAAUUUUUCUUUAGGAUGCAGUGUUAGUAUUUUUUGACUGUUGUGUUCUGUGUGCAUGUAGCUAAUUACAUUUGAAAAUUUGUUUAUUCAGCUCAAGAACAGCAGGAUCAGUGUUUUGCAGCAAGUAUUCAGUACCAGCCAGGAGAUAAAUGCUUUGUAAGUAAACUUAAUAUCAUACACUGUAUGAUCUUAUGCAACACUGGAGUGUUUCUCUAAUCUUAGAGAGAGCUGAUAAUGACGUUAUUUAAGUGUCUUUCCUUUGUGUGUGUGUGUGUGUGUAAUUUAGGCAUGGUUGGGGCCACCAGAAGCUCCAGACAAAGUUUAUGAGGCCUUGGUCGUCUUUAUCCUUCCACUCCAAGCAAGAAUUGAGGUGAGUUGAUUACUAUCUUCAACCUGGAGCAAAGAGGUCUUCUAAGGUGAAAAGGUUUCACAUUUCAUCUAUCUAUUUUUCUUUUUGAUAUUUUCAAUGUUUCCAAGUUAUGUACUUUUUUUUAGCAGUUGCCUGUAGUUCAUUACAUUGUAUAACUCUUCUUAUUUAUUUUAAAAACCUUUUAAUCAUCAUUUAUUUUCCAGGUGAAGGUUCCAGAGCUUCAAAAUAAACGGUACCCAUUUUAAAUUAUUUCAUUGUUUACUUAAUUUUGUUUUGAUCAAUUUCUGUGGUCUUGCGAGGGUUCUUUCUUAAUACUAGUAAUUCUGAAAAAUACCAUUUUCUUUAUUUCCCAAACACUGAUUGUGAGAAGAUGACUCAGACUAAAGUGUAUCCCUUUGUGCAUAUGUAGAUUUUAAAUAGAAUACGGAUUAAGUGGGAUCAGAAAAGUAUGGUUAUUUAUUGUGUUGUCUAAGAAUUAUGAUAAUUUGUCUGAAACAAAGGUUAUACAAAUUGAACGACAGGUAUUUUAAAAUACUUUUGUGUUAACCUUCUAACUCCCCUGAGUGACCAAGACAGAAUUUCUCCCUAUAAUAUCUCUAAAAUCAACCAGAUGAGUAAUGAGAAUAAAGAAAAAUAUCAAUUUGGGGAUAAUAAGGUAAUUCAAUAUUAAAUUCUCUGAGCUAACAUUAAAAGAAUUGCAUGGUUGACAGUAACAAGUAUUACAAAUCUGAUCUGGGAAUUAAAGGGUUAAGGUAACUUAAAACUUGAAUAUAAUUAUAUAUAUAUAUAUGACAGGUGGUUAGUUAUCAGUCACUCACUUGCAUGUCUUUAUUUGCCUGUAAACUUUUUCUUUCCUUUAUUUAUUUUUUGGUUUCAUUUUUGUCAGUUUUAUCAUUCCUCUGGAAAACUUGAAGCCCUCUGAUAAUCAACAAGGUAAGUAAAAACAAACAUAGUGUCCUGACUAAGGACUUUGUGUCCAUGUAAUAUACACCAUGUGUGUGGGGAAAGAUGGGAAAAUUGGCACUAGAAUCAAAAUUUUCUUUCAUCAGGAUCAGGAAUGAAAUCCUGAUUUGUGUUUUUUCUUUCUCCAGAGUUGAGUUACAGAGAUUUAACUGGCUACUACAAAAAAUCUGAAUCCGGAGGUCCCUCUUAUGUUGAUGGUGUGUUUGCCCCACAAUUAAUUCUUUUUUGUAGCAUUUUAUUUUCUGCUUGACUUGCUUUGAAAUUUACAAUUUGUGGGGAACUGUACUUGUGGAUCAAUGAUUAAACAAUAUUUUGUAGUAUGAUUUAACUUAGAAUUGCUGUACUGAUCUCUAUAGGUUUGCGAGAUGAUGGGAAACGAGGAAGGAGAAGGAACAUUCAAGGAAGAACCCAGAGAGGAUACAAGGUCAGGAGAGCAACACCAUGUACAUGAAUUGGAUCUUUUUUUUUAUCAUUUGUUUUGUUUAAUUUUAUUAAUGUUAUCUUCAUCUGAUUCCAUCCCUCCAAAUGUACCUGAUGCAUCCCAACUUGGAUCUAUAUUUUCAUGUUGCUAAAAUUACAUUGUGUUGAUUGAACUGAUCAUUCUUCAUUAAGGGUGACAACUGCAUUUUCUACAUACCAUAUUUUAUUGGUUAUUAGCUGAGCCUGGCCCUAGACUUUUAACUCUUAAACUUGAGACAAUCGUCUUCAAACAUAAACGCAAAACAUUCAGCUAUAAGCCGAGACCCAUUCUUAAAACGUAUAAGAGAUGUGAAAAAUUUUCAAUCACAUUAAGCUUUUAAAAUCUGUUAAAAUGAAAUGCUGUAAAGAACAGGUUAAUUAUCCUACGGUAUAUAGUUACUCACUUGGUUAUUUGUGUUUUGUUUUACAGAGUGACGAACACAGCGAAGAUGCAGCAGGUCGGAAGGGUUUUCAGGUAAGAUAUCUUUUAUUAAAAUAAAUACUGAAUUGUACACAAACUUGAGUCACUUAAGCAUCCUUAAGAAUUUUCUUAACUCCUUAAACUAUAGGAGUGACUAGCAUCUAAUUCCUCCUUAAAGUAAUACUGUUGAAGAAUUCCUUAAGAUUAUGAGAAUAAAAGAAAUGAUUGCCAACCUAAGAAGCUCUUAUUGUUAGACCAAUUCUCUUCCUCAGUUCCAAAGGAAAUAUAUGGAUGAGAGUAUGGAGAAUUUGGAGACUGAUGUUGGGGUGUAAAUUGUUAAGUGUGAGAAAAUCUUUGAAAAGAAAGACAUUUUUUUGUGAGUUUGAGCCAAAUAUGAAAUCUGGGUCACCUAGAAGGAUUAGAGGGAACUUUUCUUGUUCACGAUCUGAUGCUUUUCCAUGGUGGGGCUGAGCCUCAUCUCUCUGAUCUGUCUGUCUUGUUUGUCCCUGGUUGGUAACAAAAUGUGUAACAUCUUUUCUUAUUUGAGAACCAAGUUCUAAGUUAACAACUUCCCUAUAAACUCACCUAAAAGUAGAGCACUUUUUAUCGAGUUUUGUCAAACCAAAAUUUUAGAAAUCAUGAGUGCCAAUCUGUACAGAGGAAAAUAUUACAUUGAGCCGGUGGGAAUUGAAAGUAAAUACAAGCAAAUUGCUUGAAGCGGGGGAAAUCGAGGGUGACGAUGUGGUUGGUUUUAGUUUUGCAUCUGAUUGGUUGAGGGGUGGUGCGAGUUUUCUGGACCAAUCAUAGAGCGUAAUGCAGAAAUCUAAUGCACCCUCGCAUUAUUUUUGACACUCCUGAAAAUCGCUACAGUAGUUUGUUAGGGUCAAGGUCCUUAAUAAGAGAAGAAUGAAUGAACGCAGAGGAAGAAUGAAGACCAGUAACCUUGGUUUUGUCUUAUUUUAGGAUGACACCUUUCCCAGACCAAGAGGUGGCCCAGGACCACGUGGGAGGAUGAGAGGGCGUGGCCGCUUCCAAAGGGGAAGAGACGAGAAACAGCUUCAAAAGGAGGAAGAUGAAGCAAAACAGAUAGCAGUGAGUGUACUGAGCUUCAUCUCGUAAUGGUAUUCAACUAGAUAACCUUAAAAUGUUACUUACCAGUGUCUAAAAAGUUGUCUGUUGUUGGUAGCUUUACAGGUGACGUUAAUUCCUCGUAUUUAAUUGUCAAUCGUUUGUUUUCCUCUCCAAGGAACAAGCUAAGUUGGCGGAAUUACAAGGAAAGGACCCAGCGGCCUUCCCUGCUCUACCAGUGAGUGCUACUUCUUGUAAAUAGUCGGUUAAAAGCAAACACCAUCCACCCUUUGACCCGUGAGGGUGACUAAUAUCUAAUUUCUCUUUACGGUAUUACCUCCCCCCCUUCCUCCGUCCCCCUCCCUCCGAGUUAGACCUUACUGUGUCACGAGAAUGUAGGAAACGAUCACUGACUAAUUAAGCUUUUGAUUGUUUCACAAAUUCUUCUUGUCAACAACUUAAAAAAUGUGUAGAGGACAGUUUGGAGAAUAUGCAUACUGAUAUCAGGUUGUCAGGGGUUAUGAGAGGUUUUUUUCUUUAAUUUAUACUGUAAUGGGGACAUCAGUGGUAGACGCAGAGCCCGAACUGUUUGUCUGUUGGGGCUAUGGUUUCGCACCUUUUAUUUAAUGAUAGCUUUAUUUUGCUUGCUGUAAUAGAUUUUAGGGGUUUCCUUUCACUGCAAAAAUCAACUCUUUGGAUUUUAGUUGAUCUUACCAAACGAUCAUUGGAAGAAGAACCAUUUCGAGUUUUGCAAAAAACAUUUUUCCCCGUUUUGAUUUCGUUAGACCCAGCAAGCUGAAGAGCGGACCCCUUCAUCUGAAGCUGCACCUGAUCAAACCCCUGCAGAGUUCUGGAGCCGCUUGAAAAACAAUCAGCUGAAGCCUACCGGUCCACCCAAAGAAAACCAUGUCAGCACAGAAAACAAACCUCCAAGUGUCUUGACGGUUAGUCAGCACCAGUCACAUGGCGAGAAAGAACUGGAAACUGAGAAAGAGAGAUUUCUGGCCAAAGAAGUGAAAACACCUGUGGCUCUGGAUAGUGAGAGUGCAACUAAAACGGAGAGUUCGUCUCUUGAAACAAGCAGUGUUCUUGGUCCUUUGGAGAAUGCAAAGAAGGAACAAAGUGAUACUCAGAAACAACCUUUGCCUGUAGAAAAGGAACUUUUGAAAGGCAAGAUAGACCUUCCGAAGGGGCGUCCAUUGAAUGAAUUUAAACAGCACACUACAGCAUCUUCGUCAGAUCUGGAAAGUGUUCCACAAACGUCCAACAUGGAAGAAAAUAAAUUAAUGGAUUCUGCUGAGAUAAAGAGCGUUUGGAUAAAAGAUUCAAAUGAAAGGAAAGACGUAAAAACGCAGGAUAAAACUCCCGACAGUAGCGCCAAACUAUUGGAACAAGAAACAAAAAAGACAGAAGAGCUCGUUGCGAAGCCGCAAGGAACGCGAGGAGUGAUUCGUGUGUCCAAUGUCAGUAACAAAUCAAAGCAGGCCAUGGUCAGUGAACAUCAGGAGGAAGCCUCGAAGGAGGAUGGUAAUUUGUUCAGAAAAGAGGACUCUAUUCCUAAAGACACACCGAACCUCAAAUCAGCGCUGGCAGGAGAAGGUUCUGCAUCGACCUCUCCUGAGAAAAAGACUGUGACCUUUGCCGAGCCCCUUAAUGGAGGCGGUGAAAUUAAAGUUCUGCAUUUAGCUGGUAGAGAUGGAAAGAGAGAUGUGGUUGCUCCGCCAACUCUAGGUAUAGUCCUUGUGUUUGUGUCGUACGUGUUCGUGUUGCACAGCGCCUUUUAAUGGAACCCAGCUUUGUUCCUAACAAGAGAACAAAAAAUAUUCCCUUGUCCUUUGCUUUUGUUGCCAUUUUCAGGGAGAAACGCCUAUGAAAGGAAAACUUUCAUGGAGGGGGGGUGGUGGUGGUGGUGGGUGGGUGGGCAAUGAAGUUUGACCUCUUUUAGAUGAUAGACCAAGUUAGCCAUGAUAUUGAAUUAAAAUGUUCCUGAUGACACUCACUGAUAGCUUCAUUAUUUUGUUUCAGUUUCCGUUGUGAUGAAACCUCCUCCUUCAGAUAUUGCAGAGAAUUUGCCAGUUCCCCACGUGCCUGUAAGUGUAGUUAAUUCUCGUGUAAGAAUUAUUUACUGCGAUCUACUGUAUGUGUGUGUUCUGCAUACUAUUGUUAUCAAACUGAAUUUAUGCGCUUGUGAACUCAAAUUUAAAUCCUAUACAAUGACGGAUUUUGCAUGUCUGAAAUGAGCUAUUAUGUUGCCAGUCUCCUUCACGCGCAGCCGUCGUUUGAGCUUGUCACGCAACACCUUGUCUUUCAUGUUCCGUGACAAGCUCAAACAACCGCCUGGAAAGAGGUCAGUGUCGUGCAUAAAUCUGAUGUUAGUGCUGCGCUAGAUUUGUUGUAGUUCUCCUCUUAACAGUUAAUUUACUCUUGUCAACCGGUUUUAUUUCUCAGGCUAACAAAGCUGACAAAAACACGAGCGAAGACGAAGCCACGAAUCCCCAAGCCUCCAUACCCACCCUCGACAGUAACACUCAACAACAGUCCCCCACCCCCUCCCCCGCCCCUGUAGACACCAACCAGAGCAAUGAAGGAGCAGACCCUGUGCCGUCCAGCUCCCCGUCAGUUGCACAACAGCAUCAAUCGUAUAUUCAGCUGCCGUUCCUACCCGUUAUGUUCCAACAGCUGCCGAACAUGACCAGCCAUCCACGCAUGCCUCAAGGGAUAUCGAUGGAAAGCGACGGUUCCGAUUUGCCCGAUGGUAAGUUGUUUUGUCACUCUCUUGACCUGGCUAAUCUGAAUCAAGAUAUUCAGUGAUCGUUGGUCUAUGGCGUCGGUUCUUUGGACCUAGCACUGUCUAACCUACAGCUGACUAGCUCAGGGCCUCUUCUUAUUGGCCAGCGUAGCGGUUUCUGACUUAUCACCUCACCACUCUCUCCUUAAAUAUGAAUGAGGAGGCAAAUUGUUGAAUAACUGUAAAUUUACGUUUAACCCUUUAACUCCCAAGACCUCAUUGGUAAUUCUCCUUACUGUCUGCCAUACAAUUCUUAUGAUGUCAAUUUGGAGAAUUUGGUAUUGGAUCAACCAAUAAUCCCCCAAUUGAUCGUUUACUUUAUUCUCAUCACUUGUCUGCUUGAUAUUGUAUUGAUAUUGUAAGGAGAAAUUCUGUCUUGGUCACUCAUGGGAGUUGAAGGGUUAAGGCGCUCAGCUUUUGCCAGCUCGAUUAGCAGGUAACCUCUAAAUAUUUACUUAUCAGAGUAGAUAUUUCCGUAAAUACGAAGCUAACUCAAGUAGGGUUCGUCGAACGCACUCACAAAGAUGCUUACGGUGUACCUUUUUUAUUUUCCAGACCCUAACACUCUCCGAUAUUUCUUCAACCUUGGAUUUCAGGUAAAGCUUAAACUGUUCGAUAACACCCAAAACUCUCACCAGUUGUCGUCGCACUUUGCUCGACCAGUUUCCCAUGCAUGUAGUUUGAUUUUUUACCUAACUUUCCACCAUUGCGACGCUUAUCCUCGGUAGCGCGAUGGGAAAGAGUCUGGGAUAGACUACAAUCCUUCUCAGUGCAGUGAAACACUGUAAUUUUCUUAAACAUCGAUUUUUGUCAAAAAAAGUUUUUUCCGAGACUGAUAGUCUUACACCCUCAUUUCCUUCUCCCAAGACUCUUAUCAACUCCCCCGACUUUUCGAUAGAUACAGUCGUGUCCCGAUAACUUGAACCCUCGGAAACACGAACAAAGAUCGAUUUCCGUCGUGUACUGCAUUUUUUACCCUCGGUAACUCGAACUCUCGAUAACUCGAACCUUCCGCGUAGUCGAAACAAUUUUCGUUUUCCCUCAGGUCACUCUCUUUAUAUUUUACCCUCGAUAACUCGAACCACGUCUGUCAAUGCAUGACAAAUUAAAACAAUGUACUACAGUCCAAAACAUUCGUUUUAAUUUAUUUUGAGGCAGCCUUGUUAUCUGUGCCCUAUUUUGCAAUACACAUAACGUGUCAGUUUAGUUUAGAUUUUUUCAGUCAAUGGUACAUUAACACCAGUGCCUGUACAAUGGUUGACUCAAACCUUUAUAGCUCCCUUUGAAGGUUCAAGUUAUCGGGAGUUGACUAUAGAUCAUAAUUUAGCCAAUACUUAAGUCGAGAGGAGAUUUCUUUGAUUAACUUGUUGUCCAUAUUGCAGUACCAUGUCCACAUGUGCAAUCAGCAAUGGACCAACCAAAACAUGAUGUAUUAUCCGUCAUUCUACCAGAUGCCUUCCCAGGAUCACAUGGGGGUGCAUCCCGCGGUUUCAAUGCCACAGCCUGGUAACCCUGGGGUACCACAAGUUAUUUAUCAGGCUCAGCAAAUGCAGGUGAAUAAGUCAGUAAUGCGAGUUUGGUCAAUGCUGUCUUGCAUUUUGUACAUACUGAUGGGGUUCUUUAACAACUGAUAGUAAUACAUUUUGCUUGUGUCUGUCUUCUUAAAUGCACAGGGCUACCACCCCCCUCAAAUUCAGCCAGUUGUGCAAGAGGGCACAAGUUUUUCUGACCGUAAUUCUUUGGACAGAAGCAGUCCCGGGCAGACACAGCAACAACAAACUCAGCAGCAGCAACAACAACCGCAGCAACAACAAGUUUUGCACCAAGGCCCGCCGUUCGUACCCAACCAGCACCAUCCCACACCCUGGCGAGGGGCUCAAUCGAUCACUCGGUAUGGCCAGGGGAAACAUAUGCACAUGGGUGGAUACAACACACCGCUGCAAAACCAACAGAAUCCUCGCGGGCCUAUGCAACAAGGAGCCGGAAACCCUAAGCCGUAUCACAAAAGUAAGAAACAUCAGAAGCAUCGCAACGAUCAGUUUCUCUUCGGCGGAGCGCAGUCACAGCAUGCGCAGAAUCAAGGCCAACCUAUGCAUGGUGCGCAUGCUUUUCAAACUGCUGCCCAGCCCGCUAGCUCGUCUUCCAAUGCCUUUUACAUGCCAGGAAGCGACCAUGCCGCUGGAAAGGGGUCUGGAGACUAUCAUUAUCAUGGUAACCAACAAUUUAUGAACUAUCACGGCAAUGUCUCUUCAAGCAUGACACAAGCGCCGCAUUCCGCUGGUAACACGCGGGCGCAGCAAUUUUCUUAAAGCGGAACAGGAUUGAAAUUGUCUAUUGAAGGCCUAUGUCUCGGAUAAAGACUGUCUUGUGAUGGUAGCUGAAAAGCUAACGGAAUGGUUUUGAUAUGUAAUUUAAAAGUGUCUUUGACAGUGAGGAGCUGGAGGAAAAAAAUACCUACGACGACCUUAAGUUUCAAUAUGGCUCUCUUUUCGCCGCAAUGUAGCAGCAAUGUCGAUUAAGCCCUGUCAUUACAAUGCGCACAAAAUGCCGUUGUUUUAAUUAUAAUGCUGAACAGAGCUGUUUCGUGGGCCCAAUAUGACAGCUGUGUUGGCGUAGUGCGCGAACAAUAGUGGAAAAGUAAAGGUUUUGUAUUGGGCCAACCGUACGGGUGGAUUGUGGUAAUAUGGCUGCCUUACUGUCCUAGACACUUCGUUUUCAUGUUUUGUUUAGCGUUAUGUUUAUUGUAGUUGUGGUGUUUUGUGUUAGGGAAUAGCCAAAUAAAAAUGUGACGCGACGGAAUGCUUUGUCGUUUACUUUUGUUUGGGUUCAUGAACACGCAACAGUGGAUGCC